AGAUUUUGUUGAAAUAACAAACAGAAGAGUUCCACCAGAAUGAGUUAGCAUUUUUUCUAAAUUGUGCAUGUCUGGUCACCAUGACAAUCACAUAUUUAUCUUUAUUUACAACAGGAUACAAAACUGUCAGAGUUACUGCCUAUAGAAAUGUAUUUGUGAAAACAGUGAAAACUUAAGUAUUUUUCCUAAAUCUGUCCUAAUUUCCUUCCACAUUUAACUUUUGUUCCCAGAACCUGGUUUGUAAAAUAGUACAAUCUGUGGCUAGUUCCAGAUACACUGUUAAAAUUAAGGGAUAUGUGGGAAACCUCGAAUAGCAGAUGUGGGAGGAGUUGAUUAUCUUCUACCACUUCCGCAAACUGAGAAGAUCUAUAAUCUCAAUGUCAUUGCUAACCAAGUGGAAUUGCCUGGUGGUUUCAUCCUUGGAGCUGGAGCAGCAUCAUUUAAAGCUAUGGGUGUGAAUGCAGAGCUUAUGCCUAAUGUCUUGACCAAAGGGGAUGGUAAACCUGAAGUGAAUCACAGUUAUAGUGCCAAAAUAGACCCUGCUACGGGUGGAUGUGUUCUUGAGAAAUAUGGAGAAACGUACAAGACCUGUGAUUGUGCACUGCUAGCAAACUUGUUCAUUAGUGAAGGGAAACCAGGAAAGGUUAUUGAAGUAAGAAGCAGCAGAAGAACUGGACAGAGUAACUUUGUGAGCUGUAUGAGGGAAACUCUUGAACAGCACUAUGGAGAUAAGUCUGUAGGAAUGGGAGGGACAUUCCUCAUUCAAACAGGCAAAGCUAAACUUCAUGUUAUGCCGGAGUUUUCUCCCUGUCCUCUAAACAGCAACGAGGCUGUAAACAAUUGGCUGAAGUUCUUUGACAUGAGUGCUCCUCUCAUCUCCCAGUCAGUGUUUGUAUCCCGUGAUCUGGGAUUUGACCUUCGAUUGGAGCACACCCAUUGUUUCAGCCAUCAUGGAGAAGGUGGACACUAUCACUACGAUACUACCCCAGACAAUGUGGAAUACCUGGGCUACUUUGUGCCAGCAGAAUACCUUUACCGCAUUGACCGUCCUGAGAAGACUCUCAAAAUAGGACGGGAUUAGUUACACAUAAUCACAGGUAUUUGUGAAAUUCCUGGAUCCCUUUAAGGACUGUUAAAAACAGGACUUCACCCUGCACCAUAGAGACAUCAAAAUUCAAUGGUUGAUAGACAGCAAUGAAAUCAAUCUCAUUGACCUUUGGUUGUAUUGUGAUGGCUCCUCAUCCCAAACAUUAAAGAUUUUGGAUGCCUCAAAUUCUUAGGAGGUGAAAAGCCACAACAGAGGAUGUUUUCUGCACAAAAUACCAUCUUAUUUGGAAAAUGACGACUAUGAUCAAUUCACAUAUGUAAUGCAUCAGUGUUUGUUACCUUGUUCAACAAUGACAGCAGAUUGCUCUCUGGAGCUGUGAAACUAGCACACAUCUACACGGCCAAAGUUUGAAACAGUUACAUUAUGAAUUUGAGAGAGGGACUCUCCACCACAGAGAGACAAUUCAAAUACAAAAGCCUUGUAGCGUACUGGGAACCCCUUACUUUACAAGAUCUCUUGUCUAUCUAAAUCAUCAAUUCAUCUAAGAGAUUGCAGACCUGCUAAGGAAGAGGCAGAAAUAAUUCCAGUUGAAAGUGUAUUUUUGCUUUCUUCUCUAUGUAAUCUCUGUACAUGUGUACGAGCUGGCACAUUUUAGACCUAUGGGGCACAUGUGUGAUAAUAAAUCAUUUUUAUUUUUAAAUUUACAAAAGCUUGCUGCUGAUGUCAUUACACUGGGUCUACUCUCUUUAAAAGUAAGAAGUUAAAAAUCACACAACACCAGGUUAUAGUCCAACAGGU